CCGAACGAAAGCGAAGCGCGGCCAAACUCACUCGCUAAACGCUCCCGUUCUCCUCCGCCUGCCCCCACCGGCUCCCCUUGUACACGAGCGCCGGAGACGCCAUGGCGGCGGCGCAGCCGAAGCCGGCCAAGAGGCUGGGCGGCAUGGCGGAGGCGCUCGCCAUCGCCGCCGACCUCGGAUUCCCCGCCUCUACCACGCAGGAAGAUCAGACUAGCUCCGACAAAAGCGAUGAUUUGGUGAAGGUUUUGAGGGAACUGACUGUCGUGCAGAGGAACAUUGCCAACUUGCAAGUGGAGCUACAGGGAAGAAAGGAUGAUAAAAACAUUGCUCAUUUGACUCAUGUGAGUGAGAUGGAAAAGAAGUGCGAGUCUUUGGCCAGAAUGACUGCAAUUUUGAAAGAUGUAAUUCAGAACAAGGAUCGUAUUAUUGCUCGGCUGCAACAGCCUUAUUCCCUUGACUGCAUACCAGUUGAAGCUGAAUACCAGAAACAAUUCUCGGAGCUACUUCUGAAAGCAGCAAGUGACUAUGGGGCAUUGACAGCAUCAGUCGGCGAUUUCCAGUGGAGCCAAAACUUUAGGGAAUCACCAGCUGUCUGGGGGGAAAUGCUGCGACCGAUUCCUGCUGCACUUGCUUCCUGCACCCGGUUCUUCGAGGCAAUGUCUGCGAUGAGGGAAUCCUUUUCUACUCUUCAGAAACUACGCGUUGGCCAUUCCUCUCUGUCAAUAACCCCAAGUGACUCCAGCGACGAUUCAAAGUUCUUGACGCCACCUCAGUGGAGAGACGGCUCGAUACUCGAUAGCUGGAAGCAAAUGGAUGACAUCAACCUGGAGAGCAGUGGAAUUGACGCCAUGAAUCAGAGGAGGUUGUCUUGGCCCUCCAUCAAGAGGGACCCGUAGGUCGCAGGUCACCCAUUGGAUUUAGGUUCCCAUGUUACAUAAAUAGGAUUCCACCUUGUGUAGUUGGCAUUGAUUCUCUGUAUUUUUAAUCCGAUCACCUGCACCCAUUUGGCAUGUUCGACUUGUGAGAGAUGGUCUAUAAGUUCCUUAAAUCAAUGUCGUGGCAAAAUUUGAUAUGUUUUAGGCCCCUUUGGCAGGGCAACUUUUGCUCUAACUUUGUUAUUGUUUACAUAAGCCGUACUAAACAGUAUUUUU